UAAGUAGUAUCAAGGCAAACCACAGAAACCCGAAACAAACACGAUGUGUUGCAAACACAAGGGUGCCCCUACGGUCUGAUUGACAUCUCUCGGAUUUGCAAGGACGCACUCAACCAUAGCCUGGACUCAUGGAAUAAUGUAACACAGUCUUCUUUCCUUAGUCUGUGUCAUUGUGGCAGUCUGAGGAUAUUAGUGCUGCUUGCACUACCACCACCACCAUCACCACAAUAACCUUUCACCCAGUGACCUCACCGUCUCUGCCACGCACAAACCUCUCUGCCCGUCAUGGACGACUUGGCAUCUCCCUCCUCCGUCCUCCCGGGGCCUUCUCACGUGCCAUGCUGGACGCCCCCGGAGCGGCAGGUUCGCAAGACGGGGACACAUGACAUCUUCCAGGGCGUGAACCUCCAUCAGCUGAGGAGGCUGUUCCAGGUGGCCGGGGAGCAGGACGCUGACCAGAAGGCCAAGCUGGUGUGGGGCGGAGGAGGAGGCGGCGAUGGGGACGGGGAGGAGGUGGAGAUCGGGCUGGCGCAGGCGCUGGUGGGGCUGAGGGUUCGAGCCCGCAACAAGAACGGCAUCAGGGCCGAGAGCCUCAGAGACAGGAGGGCUCGCAACCCUGCACUACACCGGUUUGGUGACUCGGCAUCCCGACACUCCGCGGAUGAGCCGGAUGCCGACUCCGAGGCGGCGACUGGAUGUGACGCAACAGAACUGGACCCGGAAGGAAGCAGCUCGGGAGCCGAGAGACUGGCGGCGGUUGCACGGAGCGACAAGGAAAUGGUGGACGUGUCCUGCGACAGAGGUGGCGCUCGAGAGAGGGAUCCAGACCGCCAUCUGCACAGAAUCCUACAUUGAGUUGUGCUGCUUGGACUGCCUGGAGAAAAAAAAGCAUGCUGGAAAAAUAACUGUGGAGACUGGACUGGAGUUUUUCUUUUUUAGUCCAACAUCUCAACAUGGCAUCUGUUCUCGUGUGGAUGGCACUACUGAUAUGUAUACAUGGGUUCUACAUUUUUGUUAUAACCUGACUGCGUGAAACCAGCUGCGCACAACUCAACCUCUGAUUGUUGGAAACCGCUGUCGGUCAGAAGAGUAGCUCAGGUGGUUGGCUGCCAGUGUCUUGCCCCUCCUCACAACAUCGUGUUUAUAAACACGAUGAAACCCAUGUAUAGGCAGUGGUGGGAAAAACAUAUUCAAUUCAACCAGGUGAUUGGCUGGUUGAAUGAUCCCCUGCUUGAAUCGGGGUUCAGAAAGUUCCAGAAAGUUCAAAACCUGGUCACUUUUUUAUAUAUAUACUAACACAGAAGUGACUUUACUGGACAGCUGAUCUCACUUGCCUUGGGAGUGCUCAUUGAGAUCAGCUGAUGCAGAGGGGGUUGAAUCGAAUUAGUGGCUUGGUGUGCAUUCCAAUAUGCGACCUUGCGUCCUCCACUUGUGCUUGUGGCCUCGUACCAGGAAGUAAUACGUCGUGAUGACAUCACUGACAACAGCAUUAUAUUUCAAUAUCGCACAAAAGUUCAAUUGUAAAGUCAUUUUCUCAUUUGCAAACUGGAUGGUGAAUGAAGAGUAGUUCCCCAAAAAAUGUUGUGGCUAAGCUGACAGAGGGGCUUCAGCAAAACGUGAGGCCACAAGCACAAGUGGAGGACGCAAGGUUGCAUAUUGGAAUGCACGGAUGGUCUUUACUUUUCUGGAGCUAGGAUUGAUACCUCUGCUGUUGCGACAGAAAAAAAGGGGGUGAAGUAGCACCAGUGAGAGACUGUAGUGCUGAACCUUGAGGACUCUUGAAGAGGAAUAGACCAUAAUGUAUGUUUACGCUACUGUUCACACUUAAAUACACUACAUAGGUUCAUUCCUCACCACAUAAUGCAUAGCUGUGGACUAGCGUGGCAUUAUGUUGACUGAAGUCGAUCAGGAGGGAAUCUUCCAGGAGGCAAGUAGUAGUAUAGCAGUUACACCAAGUUACGUUCACCCCGGAGCACGUGGCGAACCUCCAAAUUCUAGAAGGGUCAUCUAGCUUUCAGCUGCGUUCACACAGGUCUACUCAAUACUCGCUGAGCGACAUUAGUCAAUAUGUGCAUUUAGAGCUCUAUUCCAGCGUUGCAAAGCUUGAGGCUGCCAAUUGAGUAACCUAUAAGUGAUGCGAGUUUAGAGUUUAACAAAUUUGGACUUUUUUGCAAGUAGCAACGCAUGUGGACGUAGUUUUACCCUAUUAGAAAGCACACACGACUCUUUAUUACUAGAAGUUUACCAUGGACUUUGGAGUUGCGUACCUUGAAUAGCUAGUAAAACCGUGCACUCGGAAUGAUCCACCUAUUUAAACUUGAAUCACACACACGUUAUGUCCUUAUGAUUUUGUUAUUAUGGCUUUCUGAAACAAGUGCUAGGGUGUUGGUGUAGUGUUCUUAAAAGGUGCACUGUGUAAGAUUGUGGCUAGAGUAGGUAAUGCAACUGUGCUGCCUAUUGGCAAAUUUGAUCUUUUCAUGAAUAUUUACAAAGUGAUAUUUCCUAUUAUGACCAAAGUACAAUACGUUUUCCAGCUAAAAAUGUCCUUUUUCUGGAAAUUCCACAUCUUUCUGUAGUCAUAAUGAAUACUUAAAUUUUGAUGGUGGUAGAAGUAUUCAUGGAAAAGGCAACAUUUGUGAAUGGGCAGCAUGAAUUAUGGAAAUAAACUACUAAAAUAUUACACAGUGCACCUUUAAUGAAAAACAAAAGCUGUAUGAAGAGCCGUCGUUCUCUUAUGACUACAUGAAUGUGCAAACGUCCAGAGGACCACAUUAUCAACACUAAUGUAAUGUUGUUUUUUUUUGUAGUUGUUACCGUUCAGCAAUACACAAUGCAUGUAUGAAUAAACAUGAUUUGGGGUGCUGAAAGACACCUGUUGAAAGUGAUCCAUUAAAAACAUGAAGUUACAAAAUAAAGGAGCCAAUGAUGAUCAA